AUGGCCGCUCCCGUGGGGCCGCUCCCACAGCUCAGGCUGCCGUCGGGCCCGUCGCCAACGACGGCGGAGCAGCGGUACUGGAAGACGUUCAAGAACCAGGUGCUGGUGCCGUCGGCAACGGGCUACGCGGCGACGCACCUGUCGUGCGCGGGCGACGUCUUCGCCGUGACGACGGGCACGCGCGUGCACCUCUACUCGAGCCGGACGCGCAAGCUGGUCAAGACGAUAACGCGCUUCGGCGACGUGGCGCGCUGCGGCGAGGUGCGCCGCGACGCAAAGGUGCUCGUCGCCGGCGACGACGGCGGGCGCAUGCAGGUGUUUGACGUGGGCUCGCGCGCCAUCCUGCGCACCUGGACGCAGCACCGCCUGCCCGUGUGGACGACGAGGUGGUCGCCGACGACGCCGACGACGCUGCUCAGUGCCAGCGACGACAAGACGGUCCGCCUGUGGGACCUGCCCGGCGCCGAGCCGACGACGACGCUGUUUGGCCACGCCGACUAUGUCCGCUGCGCGCGCUUCUUGCCGGGCUCCAUGGCCAACAUGGUCGUCUCCGGCAGCUACGACGCCACGGUGCGCCUGUGGGAUCCGCGCAUCGCCGGCGCCGCCGGCGCCGUCAUGACCUUCAAGCACGCCGCCCCCGUCGAGGACGUGCUCCCCCUGCCCUCGGGCACCACGCUGCUGGCGGCCGCCGGCAACGCCGUCAGCGUCCUCGACGUCGUCGCCGCCCGGCCCCUGCACCUCAUCAGCAACCACCAAAAGACGGUCACGUCGCUCAGCCUCGCCUCGAGCGGCCGCCGCCUGCUCACCGGCGGCCUCGAGGGCCACGUCAAGGUGUUUGAGACGACGGGCUGGAACGUCGUCCACAGCUCAAAGUACCAGUCCCCCGUGCUGUCCGUCCUCGUCAUCCCCUCGGGCGACGCGCCCGACGCGCCCGACCGCCACCUCGCCGUCGGCAUGCAGUCGGGCGUCCUCAGCGUCCGCACCCGCCUGACGGUGCCCGAGGCGGCGCGCGAGCGCGAGCGCGAGCGCGAGAUGGCGGCCCUGGUGAGCGGCACCGUGGCCGCCCUCGACGCCGCAAAGUCGAAGCGCAAGCGCCGCAUCGAGGCUGCCUCCUGCCUCGACAUGGUGGGCGAGGACACGGACAUGGUCGUCCUGCACGACGCCCGCGACUCCCGCAAGCGCGAGCGCCCCUGGCACAACGACCUCCGCCACGCCCGGUACGCGCGCGCCCUCGACCGCGUCGUCGACCGCUCCGACCCGGACUACGCGCCCCUCGAGGCCCUCUCGCUGCUGCUCAGCCUGCGCCACCGCGGCGCCGUGCGCGACGCCCUCGAGGCCCGCGACGAGCAGACGGUCCUGCCCGUCAUGCGCUGGGUCUGCGCCCACAUCUGCGACCCGCGCUACGUCAGCGUCUGCGUCGAGGUCGCCCUCAACCUGCUCGACCUGUACGCAGAGUACGCCGGCGGCUCCCCCGAGCUGCACGACGGCUUCUGCACCCUCCACCGCCGCGUCAAGCGCGAGGUCGAGGGCGCCCAGGUGGCCUCCCUGACGGGCGGCAUGCUCGACUCCUUGGUCACGAGCACCAUGCAAUAG